UGUGCACGUAGAAUUUUUAUCGGCUUCCUGUUCAGACAUUGUGGUUUGCCGGAGUCGUGUGAACGUUAUCAUUGUAGUUGAUACAUUGAUAUUAUUGCAUCAUGACUGCUUUCGAAGAGAUGGGAGUAAUGCCUGAAUUAGGCAAGGCUGUUGAAGAGAUGGACUGGAUGUUACCGACAGACGUGCAAUCUGAAGCCAUCCCAAUGAUUCUUGGAGGAGGAGAUGUGCUGAUGGCGGCUGAGACUGGAAGCGGCAAGACUGGAGCCUUCUGUUUACCCAUCAUACAGAUUGUCCACGAGUCUUUGAAAGAUCAAGCUGAAGGUAAAGGUAAAGGCAAAACUAUAGUAAAGACUGGUGAUGUAUCAAAAAAUUGGAAAAUGAACGUCUUCGACCGGAGCGAUGCCAUGGCUAUUGACCCCGAGGGUCAUUUAUGUCAGGCUAGAGACCCCUCUGGCUGGCACGGGGUUCGCUCCAACAAAGCUGUUUUGGGCAAGAGUGGACGUUAUUUUUAUGAAGCUACUGUAACAGACGAGGGCCUCUGUCGUGUGGGUUGGUCGACAAACAAAGCUACCCUUGAUCUUGGUACUGAUAAAAAUGGAUUCGGGUUUGGUGGAACCGGCAAGAAGUCUUAUAACAGACAGUUUGAUUCAUAUGGGGAAUCUUUUGGUAUUAACGAUGUUAUUGGGUGUUACUUAGAUCUGGAGAAAGGACUGAUUAAAUGGUCAAAAAAUGGGAUUGAUCUUGGUAAAGCUUAUGAUAUUCCAGGUCCAUUAAGAAAUGAGAAAUUCUUUGCAGCUCUUGUUUUGAAAAAUGCAGAAAUGGAUAUAAAUUUUGGUGAAAAUGCUUUUAAAUAUCCACCAGAUAAAAGUUGGACCUCUUUGUUUAAAGCACCGAAAGAUUCUAUUUUUGUUUCCAAGAUAGAGUCUGGUGGAAAUACCCACAAACCUGCACCUAAUGCACCCCAAGCUAUCAUUAUUGAGCCUUCAAGGGAAUUAGCUGAACAAACUUUUUCCCAAAUUUGUAAGUUCAAAAUACAUUUAGCAGAGCCUAACAUCCGAGAACUUUUAAUUAUUGGAGGUGUUAGUUCAAAAGAACAGUGUGAUAAGUUGGAGCAAGGAAUUGAUAUUGUCGUAGGAACGCCAGGUCGUAUGGACGACUUGAUUUCAACUGGGAAGCUAGCUUUACAUCAAGUGCGUUUCUUUGUGCUUGAUGAAGCUGAUGGUCUGCUCUCUCAAGGCUAUGGAGAUUUAAUCAACCGUCUGCAUCAACAGAUUCCUAAAGUAACUAAUGAUGGAAAUCGUUUACAAAUGGUCGUCUGUUCUGCUACUUUGCAUUCAUUUGAUGUGAAGAAAAUGGCCGAGAGAAUCAUGUAUUUCCCCACCUGGAUUGAUUUAAAGGGUCAAGAUUCUGUCCCCGAGACUGUGCACCAUGUUGUGUGUGAGGUUGAUCCAACUGUUGAUACUCAGUGGAAAACUCUGAAACACCAUGUUCAAACUGAUGGUGUUCAUUAUAAAGAUAAUCACGGCAAUCUGUUUUCUCCUGAGAUGAUGUCUGAAGCUGUGAAAAUCCUCAAAGGAGAAUACACCAUAAAUGCCAUUGAUGAGCAUAAUAUAGAUCAUGGACUGAUUUUCUGCCGAACAAAGUUGGAUUGUGAUAACAUGGAGAAAUACUUAAUGGAACGGGGAAGAGGUAAAUAUUCCUGUGUUUGUCUUCACAGUGAUCGAAAACCUCCUGAACGUAAGGCUAAUCUACAAAAAUUUAAAGACAGAAAGGUUCGAUUUCUCAUUUGUACCGAUGUAGCAGCUCGAGGUAUUGAUGUAACUGGUCUGCCUUUUGUCAUCAAUGUUACUCUACCUGAUGAAAAACAGAACUACAUUCACCGUAUUGGUCGUGUUGGUCGUGCUGAAAGGAUGGGUUUGGCUGUUUCACUGGUUGCAGUGAAAAAGGAGAAAGUCUGGUACCAUUCCAACUGUUCAUCUCGUGGUAAAGGAUGCUAUAACACCAAUUUGACUGACAGGGGGGGCUGUUGUAUUUGGUAUGAUGAACCUAAACUGUUGAAUGAUAUUCAAGAACAUUUGGACAUCACAAUUGAUAAAGUGCAACCUGACAUGAAAAUUCCAAUCUUUGAAUUUGAUGGUAAAGUCACUUAUGGACAGAAGCGCAAAAAUACAGGGUCAAUGUACAAAGGCCAUGUUGCUCAGUUGGCUCCAACAGUUUCUGAAUUGGCAAUAUUGGAGAAACGAGCACAGACCUCUUUUAUUGACUUGAAAUAUAACAGGAAAUUUGCAAGUCGAUAAAUGAAGAAUUUCUAGAGAAAGAAGUGGCAACGUGCAUUUUGUUCAACUACUGAAAAGAAACUGAAAUGAUAACCAAAUAACUAAAUAAGCAUUUC